AUAAUGACGAAAUUAUUUUAGUAAAUUAUUUUUAUAAAUCAUUGUGUUUUAUACGAAUAUUUCCUUGAAUAUUAAAAUAGUUUAUAUUCUUAUAACUAUUUGGCAAAUAUUUAUAUACAAUUCGGCAAUUACAAAUAUAUAAAUUGAUAAUUUAUUAAUAUCAACUCUGUCAAUCAUAACCGAUUGAAGAACGGUAUAGAUAUAUAAAUAUGUCACGAGCAGGCACGAAACUCGAUUCGAAAAAAGUUAAUUCUGAAUUAUUUACAUUAACAUAUGGAGCAUUAGUAGCUCAAUUACUAAAGGAUUACGAAAAUGUAGAAGAUGUAAACAAACAGUUGGAAAGAAUGGGUUAUAACAUGGGAAUUCGUUUAAUAGAAGAUUUUCUAGCUCGAACUGGGUCUGGUCGGUGUUACGACUUUCGAGAUACAGCUGAGAAAAUACAAACUGGAUUCAAAAUAUUUCUGGGAAUAACACCGACAAUUACAAAUUGGAGUGCUGCUGGUGAUGAAUUUUCUUUAUGUUUUGAAGCAAAUCCGUUGACGGAAUUUGUUGAAUUACCAGAUCAUUGUUUAAAUCUAAAGUAUUGUAAUGUAUUAAUUGGAGUAUUAAGAGGAGCUUGUGAAAUGGUACAAAUGGAAAUUGCUUGUUGGUUUGUACAAGAUCAACUAAAAAAUGAUAAUAUGAUGGAAGUGAAGUGCAAACAUUGUAGAAAAAAUCUUUUUGAUAAUGAAUGUAUUUUAUUAUUUACUUCUCAUCAUGAAGUAAAAAAAAAUCCUAUGGAUGUUGGAUGUGGUGCAAGUGAUUCGGAAUUUUGUUCAUAUGUGUCAAUGGAUAAAUUGCCUAAAUGGAUUGAACAUGCUAUCAAUCAAGAAUCUUGGACAAAAGGUAGACUUCAUUGCCCAAAUUGUAAUAAUCGUAUAGGUGCAUUUAAUUUUAUAAAUGAAUUAAAAUGUAACUGCAAUAAAUUUAUAACAUUACCAAUCAAAAUAACUAAUAGCAAAGUAGAUAUUUCGUUUCAUUCUAAAUAAAACUAAUAUAUUCCAAAUUGAUCUCAAAUAAUGAUUUUAUUAUUUAAUAAUAAUUACAUAAUUUUGAUUUCUAUGCAUAUAAAUUUUACAAAAAUAAUUUAGUAAUUUAAAAUAUUAAUAUCUUUAGAAAAUAUAUUUAGAUAAUUGAAAAUUGUCAUUAAUAUACUUAUAUUUGCAGAAUCAUUGA